UCAAAACCAGGAAGAGAAAUAAACCGCGUUGAUAACGCCCAAACAUGAUCCACCGACCUGGGGAUGUCGCUCAUACGUGCCAUUUUUGAUUUCAGCACAGAUUCUAAAAUUAAAUGUUUGUUUUGUUUUUAUUUAUAGUCUAUUUUUGUUGUUAUUGUGAAUCCUAGUCUGAAUCAACACAAGUAUGGGAAGAAAAAAGAUCUCCAUCACUCGGAUCAAUGAUGAGCGUAAUAGACAGGUCACGUUCACAAAGCGCAAGUUUGGCCUGAUGAAGAAAGCGUAUGAGCUGAGCGUGUUGUGUGACUGUGAGAUAGCGCUCAUCAUCUUCACAUCAAACAACAAGCUGUACCAGUAUGCAAGCUCAGAUAUGGACAAGGUGCUCCUCAAGUACACCGAGUACAACGACACCGUUGUCUCCCAGACCAACAAGGAUAUUGUUGAGAUGUUGACAAAGAAAGGCGAUGAGAAAGGAGAUAUGGAUGACGAUGAUUACACCCUCACGCCACAGACUGAUGCCGCCUACAAGAAAAUAGAUGAGCAGUACGCCAAGGUCAUGAGCGGUCAGAACGUGCAGUUUGGAGCUGUUCAUCCGCAGACUGGUGUGAUGCCCGUGUCCAUGCCAGUACCCAACAUGGCAGCGUUCACCCAGGGUCAGACGUUCUCGGGCGACCUCACAGGUGGGGGGGCAUCAAACAUUGUGCUCCUCCAGCCAUCGGGGACCACCUCGCUACAGGCAACCCAUGUCAGACCCUCACCUAGCCCGGAUGUUGGCCAGGGGCAUCCCAGUGUGUCCCCCACCCCCCAGUCUAGAAGCCCUGCCCCAACCCCCGUCAUGCUACACCAGAACCGAACCAGCACCGACUCUGAACCAUCGUCCAAGACCAGACCAGCACUGCGAGUUAUCAUACCACCUAAGGAGACCACUCAGAAACAGCCCAACACAGCUUUAGAGACACCGGUAGUUUCAAUGCAGACCCCCAGCGGAACAGGCAUCCCAUCAGCCCUUCUACAAAGUGGAUUGAAUACAGCGGAUCUGGAAAGGUUAAUGGAGCCGCUGAUAUCGCAGAUGCAGAUGUCUGGACAGAUGAGUGUGGGGCCUCUCACUGCAGCUGUACAGGCGUCAGGGCUCUUCUCUAAUGCUGGAUUGACCCUGACGCCCAACAGUUCUGGUCAGCUUCAGUUCCCACUGAUCAACCUGUCCAGUUUGAAAGGUCAGCUCGAUAGAAACGUUAAGAUGGAACCAACAUCUGCGGACACUAUGGGGGGAGGGACGGCCACGAUCUUCUCCACGGCAGGGGCAAUGGGCGUGCCCACAUCUACUAUAACCCUGCCAGCCUCGAUGUUACAGGGAAUGCAGGUCCCAGUUAUGUUGUCCAAUGCCCAGACAAUCCAGCUAGCUACGAGUACGGAUGCUAACACAGAUGAACAAGAUGACGAGCCGUCGCCGAAACGCCCACGCACCAGCCAGGGCGACACGUGAUAAGACGCCCCAACCACUAAAAUACAUCAGCACUCAUUGUACAUAGUUCUCUUUCACUUACUCACACACUGUACAUAGACGUUUUUUUAUGAAGUGUAUUUUACGAUGCCAUGUUACGAUCUUAAUAUUUAUGUGUCUUUGAACCAUGACAAGCAGAUAUAGGUCUUAAUAGUUCAUUUUUCAGUUUAUGCUUCACACCAGAUAUGGUUUACAUAUACUUUUGAUUGUACCCAUGACCUUAAAAUGCUGUCACAUUAUUGGAAGCACCAUUUAAUUUUCAGUAACAGGCAAUAAUGACGUCAUAUUUACUGCUUAUAUAAUAAUUACAAUAAGAAGGAGACCUAUUUUUGCUUGUUGCGGUUUGUUUGUUAAGAGAUCGUAUAGGCCGAUCUGACUCCAGGCCCAUGUGUGUUUGACAAUGAAAUGUUGUGAUUGGAUCCAAAUAGAAGGACUCUGAAUCAUUUUGUCAUCAUUUACCAAAAAGAGAUGCACAUGUUUUACUUACAAUUUUAUCUGCUUGAUUUUAACUUGUUAUCAUUCAUUGCUGUACACCUUAUGAAAGGUUCUUAAUAGCUAAAAUGCCAUAGAUUUUCAUUCCUCAUUACAUAAAAACCAUGUGAUUUUUUUGUACCAUAUUUACAAUUGAUAUAUAUUUACUUCAAUUAAAAACUUAAUUAUAGUCAUUAACAUGAUAUUCAUACAAUUUUUCAAAUAUUUGUCAAAGUGUAAGGGUUAGAGGUAUUAGUUGUAGAAUUGGCCUUUUACAUUAAUAUAAGCCUUAUGAAAAUAAGUUUCAGGUAUGGAAGUACACCUUGCAAGAAAUUGCAAAUAUUUUGGAAACAACAUUGCCACUGUUUUGCAUCGCAUGUUUAAAUUGAUCUGCAUUUUUGUAAUUACAUUAAAGCACUAUGAAAUCCACUCAUUUGAGAACUGAAAUUCACAUUGGGUCGGUCAUUUUAGAGAUUUGUUCAACUAUGAUUUUAGACUAAUGAUUUGUUAAUGUCUUGUUGUUAUGGAUAGUUAUGUAUGAUACAUUUAUCAUGAUUGUGUCUUUUAAUGUUACGUUUUUUUAUCAAUUGAGAAUGUUUUGAAUUGUUGUAUAGAAGUCACAUUUAUAAGACUGUCCAAAUCAUGUACAUUGUAGGUGUUGAAAGAGUUGAUCAAGACUCGCAGUAACACACUCGUUUACUUGAAACACUGUUGUAUUAUCAUUGAAAUGAUUAAGUAUUACUUGUCCAAAUUAAUUACUUGCAUCAGUUCAAUGAUCAUUUUCAUUGGCUUGUUUAUCCUUUAUGCUUAUAUUACCAAGAUAAUUUGAUGAUUUUAAUAAUAACGUGGAAAUCUGUGUAGUGUCCAUGCCAUUAAAAUAGAUUAGAUUAAAAGUACAAGUCCUAACACUUACACCACUGCUGGGCAUCAUAUAAUCUAAUAAGCCCCAGACAUGUAGCAAGUUCAGAAAGGAUUUUAUUAGUGCAGAUCUUAAAACCUUGUGCUUAUUUCGUCUACUGGAGCCCCAAAAGCUCUUGUCAUGCUGUAUUAAAAUAGGCAUCAUGUGAUUUGCCAUAUAAGUACCAUCAAAACAAUCUACAGUUGUAACAUUAUGUAUAGUCUGAAAGCUUGUUUUCGAUAGCAAAGUCCACUUGUUAAAGCCCACUUACUAUUAAUUCACCAACAUUUCACCAAUGCAAUACAAGACCUUUCUGCCUUAUUUCAUAGUUUGUUUCAUGGUUUGUUGACAUUUUUAUUGUGGUUGAUCUCUAUGCAUUUUGAGUGAGUCUUGGCCUUUAUAUUUGGCAUCAGCUUUGGUAUACUUAAAAAAAGAAAUAUGAUAGGACAUCACAACGAUGUAACAUAGUAUGUGCAUAGCAUGGAGUUAUCAGAAAAUGUGCUUCAUUCUCUGUUCUAAGAGAAUGGCUGUAAUGUUUGAUGGCAAUAGGACCAUAAGCAUUGCUGGAAGAUGCUUGAUCUCACACAAAUCACUACAUAGUACUCCUUAAUAGUUUUGGUUUUUCUUGAUUUCAACAUGGUUUUUGUUUAAUGAGUUGUGGGUUUAAUUUACUGUGUGGUGUAUUCUUACUCGAGUGUAAAUUGUUCUGUAUUUCUUUCACAAAAAAAUGCUGCUCUACUUUUCAAUCAAAGUAAUUUAUAUGUGGUUUCUCUCUCACCUUGUUAUGCCUGUUGUCAGUAAAAAGUACACUUAAUGAUUUAAAACAAGUAUAUUUGUGCAUACUUUCAUCCAGUGGUAUACAUAUCCAUAUUUAAACUUGUCUGGAGGUUUUAAGAAAAUGAGUGUAGGUAUUAUGAUAGCCUUUGUUCAGUUGUCAUUUUUAUUUUACCUAAACCAGAAAUUAGAGAGACCUGACUCACCAUCUUGUAGGUUAUUGUUGAAAUCUUACCAAGAAAAUCUAUAUGGUAUGUUUUGUAUGUUAGUAUCGAAGUGCUUCAUGAUCAUUGCACCAAAAUUGUAAAACUAAUAUAGGAAAAGCCUCUAUCUGAAUGAUGACGGUAAAGUCUAUUAUACAUUUCUCAUCUAUGACAUCAAGGGCUGAUUGUUCAGAACUUUAUUACUAUUGUUAAUAUAUUUCUGAACAUUCGGCCCAAUAUGAAAGUGCUUUAAUCAAUGUCAUAAACAUUCACACAAUUGUACAUUGAUUUUCUGUAUUCAAACUUUCUACAGCAUCCAAGAUUAAUUAUGUUUUUGAAUGGAUUGGUCUGUAAUAUAACAUUUUUAUCUGUACAUUUUGACUGUUUUGUAUAUUUUAUUUUUAUGUAGAUUCAUAUCAUAUUAAAUUCUUGAGAAAGUU